GGCAGGAUAUGGAACGUGACGGUUACAGUGUCACGUGACACGUCGUUUCAGCGCGUCGUGUGACAGUCACUGAGCGCGUUUCUUGCCAUCAUGGAUGACAACGAUCCCAUAUCCCAGUUCUUCGACGAAGAGGAUGUCGACCUCUAUGCCGUAUUGUCUCUUAAAUCAGAUACCUCCGCAGAAGAUAUCCGGAAAUCUUAUAGAAAACUUGCUUUAUUGUGUCAUCCUGACAAACUGACCAACGCCACCGAGGAGGAACGGGCAAAUGCGUCUACGCAAUUCCAGAGGAUUGGUUUUGCAUACACCGUACUAAGCGACGAGAAGCGGAGGAAGAAAUAUGAUAAAACCGGAAAGACUGAUGAAGGAUUACUCGGUGAGGCGGAUGAGGACGGCGGUUGGGAAGCUUACUUUGAGGACCUAUUUGACCGCGUCACACGAGGAAGACUGGAUGAAAUGAAGAAGGAAUAUCAAGGAUCUUCUGAGGAAAUUGAUGACCUCAAGGCCGCGUACCUUGAAACCGAAGGAUCCUUCGACGAAAUCAUGAAGCAUAUUCCUCACUCCACAAUUGAUGACGAGCCAAGAUUUGUAGUAGCACUGUCGAAUCUCGUCCAGGCUGGCGAACUACCGAGUCUUCCGCAAUGGGAGUCAAGCUCCAAAGACGAGAAAGCCAAGCUAGUGAGGAAGAAGCAGAGCGACAAAGAGGCAAACGAGGCUGAAGAACUUGCGAAAGAGCUUGGAGUAUGGGAUGAGUUCUACGGAAGCGGAAAGACAGGAGCGAGAAAGGGCAAGGGGAAAGCAAAGAAACCAGCAGAUGACGAAGAUGAGGACGAGGGAGACACUUCAGCACUCCAGGCCCUCAUUCUAAAGAGACAAAAGGGCCGAAGCAGCUUUAUGGAUGACCUUGCUGCUAAGUACACGAAUAUGGAAGAGUCAUCCAGAAAGAAGGGAGGUAGGGGAAAGAAACGAAAGAAGGGCGCGGACGAGUCUGAAGCUGAAGCGGAAUCCCCGAGGAAGAAACCUCACGUCCAGGAUCCUCCUGACAUCGAUGAUGUGGAAUUCGCCAAGAUACAACAGAGGAUAUUUUCGGAUAAGCGCAAACCAACAAGUGAAGGAUCACCAGUGAAGGGGAGACGGAGCGGGAGAGCGAAGAAAGCCAAAUAACCCCUGUCCUGUGUAUGUUUACUGUAAUAUCCGCCUCGUCUUGCUUUGUAUUGCCUAUGUCUUGAUGUAUGUCUUCUAAAUUAUUAUCAUUGAAACCUGACCGUUGUCUGUGUCGCAU